GCUGGGCAGAGUCAACAUAUGGCACCGGGAUAGUGCCUCGGCUGGGAGGGUGGAUGCGUGUGCUUGGAGCCUAGGUCAUGUCUGCACCUGUCCCAGUUGCCUGGCAGAUUGGCAAGGCAGGCUGGCAGAACCUGCGUGCGUGGGAGGCAGCCGGCAGCACCGCCAUGUGCUGACGACCUCACAGCCAGACUCCCCCUGGUUAGCGCUGAGUGUCAGAACCACCCCCAGAACCUCAGUUAAGCAAAUAGGUUGGUUUCCAUGGAGACAUGGCAUAUUUUCUCCAUGGCAACCUAAAAUCCUAAAACCCAGGUUCAGGAAUGAGUCAUCUAUGGACAGUAGAGGGUGCUCUCCCACAAGGCUGACCUGAGGCCAGGGGCAGAUGAGCAACUGACCACAGAGCCAAAGGUGCCCCCAGAGCAUGGCUGGGGCCUGUGGGGACUGAGGCCGCUUAACCACUUCCCGCCCACGCGUGCAAUGCCAGCCCAGGACCCACUGUAUGACGUGCCCAAUGCCAGCGGCGGGCAGGCAGGCGGGCCGCAGCGGCCGGGGCGCGUUUUGAGCCUGCGGGAGCGCCUGCUGCUCACCCGGCCCGUGUGGCUGCAGCUGCAAGCCAACGCAGCGGCCGCACUGCACAUGCUGAGGACUGAGCCCCCGGGGACGUUCCUCGUGCGGAAAUCUAACACCCGCCAGUGCCAGGCCCUGUGCAUGCGGUUGCCUGAAGCCAGUGGCCCCUCCUUCGUCUCCAGCCACUACAUCCUGGAGAGCCCUGGCGGCGUCUCCUUGGAGGGCUCGGAGCUCAUGUUCCCAGACCUAGUCCAGCUCAUCUGUGCCUACUGCCACACCCGGGACAUCCUUCUCCUCCCGCUGCAGCUCCCCAGAGCCAUCCACCGCGCAGCCACUCACAAAGAGCUGGAGGCCAUCUCCCAUCUGGGCAUUGAGUUCUGGAGCUCCUCCCUCAACAUCAAGGCUCAGCGGGGCCCGGCUGGAGGCCCAGUGUUGCCCCAGCUGAAGGCCCGGUCCCCUCAAGAGCUGGACCAGGGCACCGGAGCUGCCCUGUGCUUCUUCAACCCCCUGUUCCCGGGGGACCUAGGGCCCACCAAGCGGGAGAAAUUCAAGAGAAGCUUCAAAGUGCGCGUGUCCACAGAGACCUCCAGCCCCCUGUCUCCACCUGCCGUGCCACCUCCCCCCGUCCCCGUGCUGCCAGGGGCAGUCCCCAGCCAGACAGAGCGGCUGCCCCCUUGCCAGCUGCUACGGAGGGAGAGCUCAGUGGGGUACCGUGUGCCAGCAGGCAGUGGCCCUAGCCUUCCGCCUAUGCCCUCCCUCCAAGAGGUGGACUGCGGCUCCCCCAGCAGCUCCGAGGAGGAAGGGGUGCCAGGGUCCCGGGGGAGCCCAGCGACCUCACCCCACCUGGGCCGCCGACGACCUCUGCUUCGGUCCAUGAGCGCCGCCUUCUGCUCCCUACUGGCACCGGAGCGGCAGGUGGGCCGGGCCGCGGCAGCACUGAUGCAGGACCGACACACAGCCGCGGGCCAGCUGGUGCAGGACCUACUGACCCAGGUGCGGGCUGGGCCCGAGCCCCAGGAACUGCAGGGCAUCCGUCAGGCGCUGAGCCGGGCCCGGGCCAUGCUGAGUGCGGAGCUGGGCCCUGAGAAGCUGCUGUCGCCUAAGAGGCUGGAACAUGUCCUGGAGAAGUCAUUGCAUCGCUCUGUGCUCAAGCCUCUCCGGCCCAUCCUGGCAGCCCGCCUGCGGCGCCGGCUUGCCGCAGAUGGCUCCCUGGGCCGCCUAGCUGAGGGCCUCCGCCUGGCCCGGGCCCAGGGCCCCGGAGCCUUCGGGUCCCACCUGAGCCUGCCCUCCCCAGUAGAGUUGGAGCAGGUGCGCCAGAAGCUGCUGCAGCUGCUCCGCACCUACUCACCCAGCGCCCAGGUCAAGCGGCUCCUGCAGGCCUGCAAGCUGCUCUACAUGGUCCUGAGGACCCAGGAAGGGGAGGGUGCGGGUGCCGACGAGUUCCUGCCUCUGCUGAGCCUCGUCUUGGCCCACUGUGACCUUCCUGAGCUGCUGCUGGAGGCCGAGUACAUGUCGGAGCUGCUGGAGCCCAGCCUGCUUACUGGAGAGGGUGGCUACUACCUGACCAGCCUCUCUGCCAGCCUGGCCCUGCUGAGUGGCCUGGGUCAGGCCCACACCCUCCCACUGAGCCCCGUGCAGGAGCUACGGCGCUCCCUCAGCCUCUGGGAGCAGCGCCGCCUGCCUGCCACCCACUGCUUCCAGCACCUCCUCCAAGUAGCCUAUCAGGAUCCCAGCAGUGGCUGCACCUCCAAGACCCUGGCCGUGCCCCCAGAGGCCUCGAUUGCCACCCUGAACCAGCUCUGUGCCACCAAGUUCCGAGUGACCCAGCCCAACACUUUUGGCCUCUUCCUGUACAAGGAGCAGGGCUACCACCGCCUGCCCCCUGGGGCCCUGGCCCACAGGCUGCCCACCACUGGCUACCUCGUCUACCGCCGGGCGGAGUGGCCUGAGACCCAGGGGGCUGCGACAGAGGUGGAGGGCAGUGGGCAGUCAGAGGCAAGAAGCAGAGGGGAGGAGCAAGGGUGCCAGGGAGAUGGGGAUGCUGGGGUCAAAGCCAGCCCCAGGGACAUUCGGGAACAGUCUGAGACAACUGCUGAAGGGGGCCAGGGUCAAGCCCAGGAAGGCCCUGCUCAGCCAGGGGAACCAGAGGCAGAGGGAAGCCAGGCAGCAGAGGAGUAGCUUGAAGUGGCCAGAAGGGUCAUUCGGGGCGGGAGACCCUGAGCCUGCUGAGAAAUCCUUUUAGCGCCAGCAGCCCCACCCAGGGCCCUGUCCUGUGUUUGCCACCACCUUUGUCUGAUACUUGUUUCCAGGGAAGCUGGGGGAACUGCCACAUCUGAGGAACUGGAAUAAAGAUGAGGGGGCUUCGGGGACCCCCAGACUGUG